AUGUCUGGAUCGCGGAAGCCGAUCGUUCGUCCCAAGCCCGGCCACCUCCGGACUGUGAUCCGUGAGUCCUGGAUCAAGGCCUGCCAGCAAGUGUCGGAUGAUGAGGACUUUAUCCGUCGCAUUCUACAACAGAAUGGCAUACAGGUCGACCCACCGAUCGAGAGGGCGUUAUUCAAACCCUGUGCGGAUCUUCAGGUGGGCAGUAUUUUGCCGAAAGAUUUUUGCGAACUAGCAAAGGCAUGGCUCGAACUUGGCGGCCUGAAGAAGUUGUAUCCAUUCCUUGACUUUCUCGGUGCUAUUUGA